AUGCCCCGGACGGCAGCCGAUCGGGCCGAAAUGCACCAUCCAACACGGAUACCGUAUUGGCGAAUUUUGACUGACCAAGGUGUGGUCACCCAAGAGAUCAUCGACUUUGACUAUGCCGGGUCUGGAUCCGAAGAAGACCCCUACGUCGUCGAAUGGAUUCCGAACGAUCCUCGGAACCCAAUGGAAUUCGACAUUCGUCUGAAAUGGCUUUAUACCAUUCUUGUUGCAUUCGCUACAUUGGCAGUGUCAUUGGCUUCUUCUGCUUAUGCAGGUGGCAUAUCAGAGGUACUUAAUGACCUCGAAGUCAGUCAAGAAGUGGCGACUUUGGGUGUCUCUCUGUUUGUACUUGGGUUCGCUGUCGGUCCGCUGCUCUGGGCACCCUUGAGUGAAAUCUUCGGACGUCAAAUUGUCUUUCUAGUUACAUUUCUUGCGUUGUCGGUGUUCUGUGCCGGUGCCGCCGGCUCUAAAAACAUUUGGACCUUGAUCAUUCUCCGAUUCUUGGCCGGCUCCUUUGGCUCCUCUCCAUUUACCAAUGCUGGGGGUCUCUUCGCCGGCGCACCCUUCCUUGGCCCUACGCUAGGUCCAGUAAUUGGUGGAUUUCUAGGAGAAAAUGCUGGGUGGCGUUGGGUUCAAGGAUUCUUAGCGGUCUUUACAGGUCUGAUCUGGAUGAUCGAAGGACUGUGUAUCCCUGAGACCUACACCCCUGUUUUACUUCGGAAAAGAGCUGAUCGCUUAUGUUCUAUCACAGGCCGUGUAUAUCGCAGCAAAGUGGAUAUUCAUCGCGGUAAAGUUUCCGCUCGAGAUGCUUUCAGUGCCGCAUUAAGUCGACCCUGGAUUCUCUUGUUCUCCGAGCCUAUUGUUUUCCUGCUUUCAUUAUACAUGGCAAUUGUUUACGGAACCCUCUACAUGCUUUUUGACGCCUUCCCCAUCAUUUUUCAAGAAAUUCGGGGAUGGAGUGAGGGUGUGGGCAGCCUACCUUUCCUCGCCGUCAUGAUAGGGAUGAUGAUAGCAGUUGGUCUUAAUAUGUACGACAAUAAACGCUAUAUUCGAAUUCAUGAGAAACAUAAUGGAUUUGCACCACCUGAAGCACGACUCCCACCAUCCAUCCUUGGUGGAUUGGCUAUUCCGAUCGGCCUAUUCUGGUUCGCUUGGACCAAUUAUGCGUCAAUUCCUUGGAUUGUGUGCGUUCUCGCAACGGCGCCCUUCGGAUUCGGCAUGGUUUUGGUUUUCUUGGGAAUCAUGAAUUAUCUUAUCGACGCCUACACCAUUUACGCAGCUUCAGUUCUUGCUGCCAACUCUAUCAUCCGUUCGUGUUUUGGAGCCGGCUUCCCACUUUUUACAACUUACAUGUAUCAGAAUCUUGGAAUCCAUUGGGCUUCCUGCAUUCCGGCAUUUUUGGCACUUGCAUGCGUUCCAUUUCCAUUCAUCUUCUACCACUUCGGACCUGCAAUUCGCCGCAAAUGCAAGUAUGCUGCAGAAGCGGAUGACUUUAUGCGUUCCUUGGCUCAAAAGGCACGUCAAGACGACAAUCCAAACACUUUGAAGAAAAUUGAAACUGAAGUUCAGCCAACUGCCGAUAAUGAACCCAUUGUCGAACCUGCUGAAAGAUCCAUGACUUGCGAGUCAAUCUCCUCUCAAUCAACACUCGAGAGAAUUGACACGGUUUACGAGGCCAAUCCCUACGAUAUUGAUCAUGUCAAUACGCGAAAUUCAGAGAUUACGCAACGAUCGAGAUCUCUCCGAGGUCGCCGCUGGAAUAUUUUUCGCUUCGGCCAGGGAAGAAUUUGA